AUGUCAAACCUGAAACGAUGCUACUACAGUGUUCUUUUAGCGGUUCUACAUCAUAAUAAUCAUCAUAAUAAUCACUCGCAAAAUCUGAUACGUAUCCUGUACCUUAGGAUCGAGCCAUCCGAAAGACUACGACGAGCAGUCCAUAGCAACGAUGCCUUACUCGUUCGCCGCAUCGUGAAAUCUCACCCAAGUCUAAUUCAUAACCCAGACCAUUCCGCAACCGGUCUCUCUAAUUCGAGCCUUCAUCUUGCUGCCAGCCUUGGUCACCUCCAAGUAUGCAAGGUCUUGGUUGCUCUCGGUCACGAGCUUCCUACGCCGGCUUUGAACGAUGACCAUCAAACAGCCUUGAUGCUAGCCGCCGCCGCGGGUCAUACGGAAGUUGUCUUGUUUCUUGCCGAGAGCGAUCCCGCAUCUAUCCCCCGACGGGAUAUCCGUGGUAGGGAUGCUAUCAUGGAGGCUAGCAUGGGAGGUCAUGAUACGGUGCUACAAAUUCUUCUCACGUAUGCGCCUGGAGGGGCGCAAAAUGCUGUUCAAAAUGCGGAUCUCGACGGGAAUACUGCUCUACACUUCGCUAGCAGCAACGGUAACCUCCUCGUUCUACGGACUUUGCUUGCUGCAGGGGCCGACCCCGAGAAGAGAAAUGUGUGGAGUUGGACCGCCAUCGCCUACAGCGCGACAGUACAAGCUGAAGUCUAUCUCAAAGGACUUGUCUCUGAGGUUGAGAAGCGAAGGCGAAUUAAAAACGAGGUAGAGGAAGGGAGAAAGGGAGGCACUGUCCGAAUGGUCGAAGAAGAAAUUAACAUGCUGGAUCCUCUAGAGACUCUAGUUGAAUUGCCUUACCCGGCUACAAAGCUCAUCAUCGGUCAAUACUUCUGGAUUCAUCCAUCUCGACGCUCCUGGGCUUGGCUGGUUGUCGGUUCGUUUUACGACUCCGAGGCCCAUGAGCUCUGGCAUAUCGAGAUUUUCAUCGGAUACGGGGAUAACACUACUACCGAGUUUGCCGAGUCCUUAACAUCUAACGCAUCUGACGUGACUGAGAACUUUGAAAUAGACGAAGGAGAGGAAUAUUUUAGAGAUAACAUAGAAACACAACUUAACCUUAAUUACUUCCCUAACGAAUACAACGGUACUGAACUACAAGGGGAGUCCCUUGACAAUUUCUUUACUCACUUUGUCCAUUAUCCCGGGAACUACACGGGCUAUACGCCGGCCUUUGCACCGAUCAUGGCCGCCCAGACGUUCGGAAACGGAUGGCACCCGCAAUUCGGCUCGGACCAGACUGCAAACCCGAAUGCUACUCCGUCCUAUAGCAAUGUUGUCCCUGGCGUCGUCUAUACCGGCUCCAGUGGAUAUAACUACCUCCCGAACCAGGGAAUCUCUGGUCUACCCGGCGGUGUCGUUCCCGGACCGAAUAACCAGGCCCCGGUGUAUGUUAUCCCUCAGAAUGGACAUAACCAUCCAGUCCCUGUGUUUCCUAGCCAAGGACCCCGACUGCCCAACCCUCAUCCGGUUGUUAACCUUGACGCCCCGGCUUUGAACCUGAACAACUCCACUGGUGGUGUCGGUUGCGAGCCUGGAUACAACUACUUUUUCCCGCCCGAACACACGAAGCUUCACGUUGUCAAAUCGUCGACCGCCCCCUGGCGACUCCCCGAAGGUAUGUCGAUGAACUUUGGUGCCUACCAUGUGCCUGUCAACACGACGUUGGCGGAACUACUAGUGGGCUUUGGCGCUCUCAACCCAUGUCCAAAGAAGAACAAGGUCACCGAAGUGAUUCAGGGAGGUAAUGGAAAGUGGUAUAGAGGAGUCACAUUUUCUGGUGACGGUGACUCUACGACCAAGACGCUAAGAGAUCUAGGCUGGGAUCGUUCGCGGACGGGACGGACGGGAGAGAAGCCGGUGAUCUGGCUUUGGAUUACAAAGGAUUAA